AUGAGCACCACUGUGAUAUGCAGCAGAGAGACGCUACAAAACGUUCAGUACAACAGCCACAUCAGGAGCCCCGUCAAGAUCGAGCCUCGCAGGAACUCCAUUCCCCCAACGCAGACUCUCACUGCUAAACAUCUGCUGGCAUACCUGCCCAGACCACAGCCAGAGUCAAUACGUUACACUCCUUACACUUUUAAGGCUGCAGCUAAAUCCACUGUUGCUUCCAUGAUGAUUCCAAAAAGAGCCUCUCUUAUCCACAACUUGAACUAUGCUAACUGCUCAUCACUCCUACCAUCCCAGGAGGCCUCUCCCUCCCAGACCCAGAGUCUCUGGAGUCAGUCCUCUCAGGCUCUGACUUUGGCUAGGCAAGAUUCCCCCCAACAGCACACUAUCCAAGCAGCUCCUCUGGAACCAGUAGAAGAGACCCCAAAGGCUCAGCGUUUGCAUUGCAGAAGACACCUCAAGCGCUUUAGCUCCAGAUGGCAAUCGAGGGGUUCCACUGGCAGCGUCAAUGUUCCAGUGUCUGCAAUAGAGAGGCAACAUGGUGCAAAGAGCCACAAGAAGCGUUGUAAGCUGCUGGGUGAUGAGCACUCAUUGCACGUCAUUGCCAGCAAUCAGCGGCAGCGUUACGUCACCAAGGACGGCAAGUGCAGGGUCAAUCUGGGACCUAUUGAAGACAAGAGUCGCUUUAUCUCAGAUAUUUUCACCACAUUAGUGGACCUCAAGUAUCGCUGGUUCCUUCUUGUCUUCACUAUGUGCUACAUUCUCACAUGGGUGACCUUUGGUGGAAUCUACUUUUUAGGUGCCUGGUUGCGUGGCGACAUUGCACAUCUUAAUGAUAUACAAUGGCAGGCGUGCUACCAAAAUGUAGACAGUUUCCUAUCAGCUCUGCUGCUGUCAUUGGAGAGCCAGAGGACGAUUGGGUAUGGCUCUAGGAUGGUGACAGCUAACUGCCCUGAGGGUACGGUGGUCCUGAUGGUCCAGUCCAUCCUUGGCUCCAUUAUCGACGCACUCAUGGUGGGCUGCAUGUUUGUUAAAAUCUCCCGGCCACAGCAGAGGGCCCAGACGUUGAUCUUCAGCAAGCACUGUGUCAUAUGUGAGCGUGAUGAGAAGUUGUGCAUGCUCUUCCGCAUCGGGGAUCUGAGAGAGAGCCACAUGGUGGACGCCAAGAUCCGAGCUAAACUGAUCAAGUCCAGGCAGACCAAGGAGGGGGAGUUCAUCCCACUGGAGCAGUCAGAGAUCAAUCUGGGCUAUGACACCGGGGGAGACAGGCUGCUCCUGGUGGAACCCCAGACCAUUACCCAUGUCAUCAAUGAAAGCAGCCCCUUCUGGGAGGUUGGGGCUGAGCGCCUGAAGAGGGAAACCUUUGAGAUCAUUGUCAUCCUGGAGGGCAUCGUGGAAGCGUCAGGUAUGACAUGCCAGGCAAGGACUUCCUACACAGAGGAUGAGAUCCUGUGGGGUCACCGAUUUGAGUCAUGCAUUUCCUUGGAGAAAGGGGCAUUUCGUGUGGACUACAGUGCAUUUGACAAAACCUUUGAGAUACAAAUGUCCUUACUGAGCGCAAAAGACAGGAGCUCAGCAAAUGAACAAGACGCUUUGUUUUAG